AUGGCAGCCAGCGUGGGAAGCUCCUUUUUCAAGGGAGAGACUGGCCGCAACACCAGAGGUCUGCUGCGAUUGAUCAUCCUGGUCCUGAUUGCAGCAACCGCCGUGGCCUCUCGUCUCUUCUCCGUCAUCCGCUUCGAGAGCAUCAUUCACGAAUGUACGUCAACUCGCGACUUCCCUCAAUUGCGUCUCCUGUCGAUGCCUAGUCUUGCCUUCUUUCCCUCGAUGCCUCUCCUGGAGCCCAAUUCUAUACCCUAG